UCUUCACGAAUCGCUCCGACCGAACCUCUCACACGUAUCGUAGAGAUAGCGGCGUGAUUCGCAUUUAAAUACAAUCGACAGAAGGAGAUCGGCGUGGUGGACAAAACGUAGGGGAGUGGGAGAGUGAGAUAGCCAGACGAGAGGUGCGAGCGAUCGAAGUGACGGUAGAACGAGAGAAGACUUGAGCACGCAACCUGUGCACAUUCUGUCAGUGCCUGGGUAUACAAAUGCCGAUGGUAGAAGAGGCGACGUUUGGCCUCUUAUAAGAAGUAACGCGAGGAACAAGACGGUCUCCGCGAUCGUCGUUCACUCUCGGUCUUCCGCGAGUCUUCCACGAGAUCACGAUGCGAGACAAUCGGUGAGAUUUAAGCCGGCGGCGCUAACUAGAACCGGAGAAACUGCGCUUUGGAGAGAAACGGACGAUACUUGGCGCGUUUCGCGAAGCAGGGCGCGACGCUUUCGUGUGCCAAGGUGUGCUAUGCCGAUUCGCGUCGACGUCGCGGUGUAACGGACACGCACAGGGUUUCUGAAUCGACGUGACCGGCGCGCACCUUCGCCUUGUCGCGUCGCGUUCGCGCUUCCGGGACGACAGCAUCGCGACGGCAUCGCGGCAGAAUGAAGCUCGACAGAAUGAACCUCUUCGUCACGUGCGUCACGAUUCUGUCGGCAAUAUUGAUUGCGACGUCGUGCGAGAUAAACGCUGUCUCGACGGAAAACGCGACCGCACUCGAGAACGGAAAUGAUUACGCUCAAGUCUUGGAGCUCUCGUUAUUGUUUUACGAAGCGCAGCGUUCUGGUAAGCUGCCGAAGAACAACAGAAUUUCGUGGCGAGGCGAUUCCGCGUUGCACGACCGCGGCUCGAAUGGCGAGGAUCUAACCGGAGGCUAUUACGAUGCUGGUGACUUCGUUAAAUUCGGCUUCACGAUGGCUUUCACGACGACGCUUUUAGCCUGGGGAGCGGUCAACUGGCCGGAGGCUUAUGACGCCGCCGGUCAACUCGACGAAGUUCGUAGAGCUAUCAAAUGGUCUACCGAUUACUUUAUCAAGUGUCACGUAAGCGAGAACGUGCUGUAUGGGCAAGUAGGCGAUUUUCCCAUCGAUCAUAUGUUUUGGGGGAGACCCGAGGAGCUGAACACCACUAGACCGACCUACAAGAUUGAUGCGGAGCAUCCUGGUUCGGAUCUCGCCGGCGAAACGGCUGCCGCUCUCGCGGCCUCGAGCAUCGUCUUCAGCAGUGUCGAUCCCGAGUACAGCGCCAAGUGUCUCGAGCACGCGAAGGAUCUGUACAAAUUCGCGGACGUUUAUCGCGGUCUUUAUCACGAGGCGAUACGCGGCGCCGAGCGAUAUUACGAGAGCACGGAUUACGGCGACGAGCUGGCCUGGGCUGCGAUUUGGCUGUUCAAGGCGACCGGAGACACGAAGUACUUCGACGACGCGGUGCAUCACUAUCAGCACUUCCAUCUCAAGGAACGACCGAACGCAUUCUUCUACAACAAAAAAGUCGCCGGUAUCCAGGUGUUGCUGGCUGAAUUGACGGGACAAUCCGAGUACCAGAAUGCCACCCGCGCGUUCUGCGACUUCUCGGUGCGGCAACAGAAACGCACCCCGAAGGGCCUUCUGUUCAUCGAUAAGUCCGGUACUCUUUCUCACGCCGCUAACGUGGCCUUCGUCUGCCUGGUAGCGGCGGAUUCUCCGGAAAUCAACGACUCGCAGGAAUACCGCCAAUUCGCCAGAGAACAAAUUGACUAUAUGCUUGGUGGAGCGGGAAGAAGUUACGUGGUCGGGUACGGUAAAAAUUCGCCGAAACAGCCGCACCAUGCCGCGUCUUCUUGCCCCAAUAGACCGGCAUCCUGCGGAUGGCAGGAAUUCAGCAAGAACGCACCGAAUCCACAGAUUCUCUACGGUGCUCUAGUCUCCGGACCGGACGAGGUGGACUCGUUUAAAGAUUGUCGCGAGGAGUACGCCUAUACGGAGGUCACGUUGGAUUACAACGCUGGUUUUACCAGCGUGCUCGCCGGGCUACUGCAAUUACAAUUAAAGAGUACGGAUACGAGUAGAAGAUCGUCGAAAGGAAACUAAUACGUAGUUUUAAUCGAAGCAUAUGGACGAAUUUCCAUGUGAAAAUGAGAUUCUCGCUGGUUCUUUGUGGUGAAAUACGAAAGAACUUUUUAAUAUAAAGAAUUACGUAUUGAUUUAAUUUUGCAAGACUUGUAACGUUAAUUUUAUGUUGCGUUAGAAAUCUAAUUAUAUAUACAAGUAUAUAUAUUAUAUAUAUAGUAAAUUCUCUCUCUCUGUCUAUAAUUGUUGAUAUGCUGCAGUAAAGCAAUAAAACCAAGCGUGAUAUAGUAUCUUGAAAUAAUGGAUAUAUACCUGAGAUUUUACGUCAUUAAUCUUAAGAUUGUUUUAAUGUAACUUUUUUAAAAUUAAAUUUACAUAGAAAAUAUUUUAUCUAUGUUAAUGGUAUUUAAUUAAAUGUAGAUUGAUUGCCUCGAGGUAGAAACUAAAAGUUAACAUGCGAACGUAUCAAGACAAUGUCCGCUUGUAAAUAAAGCGUUUUGUUAAAAAAUGAUAAGAAUUCAAUUUAUUUGCAGUCCGAUGAUGACUAUAACGAUUUAGAUGAGCUUGACAAAAUUGUAACAUUAUGGCAAAAAAAUGCCUAUAGAUUGUCAUCGAUCGUAAACCUACGUAUAUACGUGCGCGAGCUGAGUCACAUAGUACAAUAUCGAUCGCAUGUAUAUAAACAAAAACAAAUAGUGAAAUAGCUUUUAGACAAAAGUGACAAUAAUGGACAAUACAUAUUAUCUCUCUAUGAUAGAUAUUUGCGCAUUAAGCACAAUGUUCUUCGUAGAAUUCUUAUAACAAUUGAUCGCUGACAAAAUACCGUUACUACUAUUUUUAUAUUCCGUUCUCUAGAAAUAUUUUAUAAGAUUGAAUCAUUAAUUCGUUAUUAUUUCUCGUCAUCAAGUCUGAUAAUUAUGCGAAAUAUUGCUUGCACAAUGUGUUUUGUUACGUGACCAGACUGUGUACAUAGUUGUCUCUUUAAUAGAUCGUAUUAACGUGUCAUCGAGGAUACAAGUUUCCGACGCGAAGUGAAAACAUCGAUAAUUUUGCAAAGAUCACACCAAGAAUUUACGCUCUGUAAGUGCCGGGGUUUUUCAAAAACGAAAUAUGCGAGAAUAAAGUAAGACUUAUUGAACGUACAUGUUUUACGUAUAAUAUUUCUCCUUUGUGAUCCGUACGACGUGCCAAUAGCGUUCAACGAGGCGUAACGUUAGCGACAACUGCUGUAUUGACAAUACUCUUUUCCAUGCGGCGGCUCUCGUUACAAUUGCGCUUACAUUACACGCUAUUACGUCUAUAGCUGUAUCGGCACAGGUGCACAGGUGCAAUUGAAAUAAGCGAGUGCUAUCAGCGCUGUCGCCAUGCGACGCGAAUACAUUUUUAUCUGCAACUUAACGUGCCUUCUUUUCUUCUUGCUUUCCGAACAACUUUUCGCGAACGGAGAAUCGGGAAGUGAUUAUUCGAAAGGAUGCGCCUAUCUACGUUGUGAGAACGGUAGCCAAUGCGUGAAACGACGGUUUUGGUGCAAGGAUCCACCCUGCCCCGGCAUGUUGUAUUGCUCUAAGUCGAGAAAAGAAUCGUUGAAGGGACCACAAAUAUGCGACACCGUUCGUUGCAGCAAGGGACACAUAUGUAUCGUUAAAGUGCGAGGAUGUCAUUGGGAUGGGAAGUGCAAGCAACAAUUAGCGCGUUGCGUAUCGGAGAAAGAGUAUCACGAGGGUGCAGCUUCCUGCGCCGGCUCUGAGUGUCCCUCGGGAAAAAGUUGCAUUUUGCGAGAAACGUAUUGCGUUAAUCCACCCUGCAAACUUAUCAGAAGUUGCGAAAGUGCGGAAGGUCACAUCAAGCAAAAAGAUAAUUAAUUUAAUUAAUUCUCACUCAAUCUUUUCACGUAUUUUCUCACACAGGGUUUU